GUUUUUUUACGCGGACGAUACCCACUUUCUUGAAGUCCUUUUAAUGUCAAAUGUAUCCCGACUUCAGCUCCACCUACCCCAACCAGCCCGUCAAAAAACAAAGGAAUCAGUACUAGAGACCCCUUCAAUUUCAUCAUGCAAGCCUUUUUUGUUUGUUAUUCAUUUGGAAAUGCAUCUUACUCUGUUUUUUCGUUGAAAAAUAUGAGUGUGGUAGAAACCUGAUGAAUUAUUAGGUGAGACUUGGGUAAGGAGCUCUGAAUUGUGGGCUUUUGUGUGUUUAGAGAAUGGCGUGCAGAGGGUUCUUCGAAUGCUUGCUGAAGCUUCUGAACUUCUUAUUGACCCUUAUUGGCCUGGCUAUGAUUGGAUAUGGUGUGUAUCUCUUUGUGGAAUACAAAAAACAUUCUUCAUCUUCUCACAGUCUUGAAAUGAUUCAGCUUGGUCGCCCUAUCCUAAUGCCAGUUUCUUUGAGUAACAACAUAUUUGAUAACCUCCCAAAUGCAUGGUUCAUAUAUUUGUUUAUUGCAAUCGGAAUAAUAAUUUCUAUAAUAUCUUGCUUUGGCUGCAUUGGAGGUGCAACAAGGAACAGAUGCUGUCUCUCUUGUUAUUCAGUCUUGAUAAUGCUGUUGAUCUUGCUAGAACUUGGAAUUGCCGCUUUUAUAUUCUUUGACAAAAGUUGGAAAGAGAAAAUCCCGACGGAUAAAACGGGAAAUUUUGAUAUGAUAUAUGACUUUGUGGAAGAUCACUGGGAUAUUCUUAGAUGGGCUGCCCUUGGGACUGUAGUGUUACAGGCACUCGUAUUUUUGUUGGCCCUUAUGGUGAGGGCUGUAAACAGACCGGUAGACUAUGACAGUGACGAUGAAUAUAUAGGUGGUCCUAGGCAGCAGGCCCGACAACCACUGAUUAGUAACAGACAAUCCACCCCUCCUCAAAGUGUACCUGCAGCUGCUACGCUUGACUUUCAUCCCCAAAGUCGUAGUGAUGCUUGGAGUACACGUAUGAGGGAAAAGUAUGGGCUUGACACUUCAGAGUUCACAUACAAUCCAUCAGAGUCAUCAAACAGGUAUCAACAAACCAGUGUACAACCCCAAGAGCAAAGUAGCCGAUGUACCGUAAUGUGACAAUAUGUGGUUGGAGGUUUAUAACUGCUAUUCUGCAAGAACUAGUAACGGUUACAAAUUGUUUAGUUCUUAUGAUGGUAUGGUUAUGCACAAGUUACACAUGUGCUAUGAAGUUAGACCAAUCUUUUAAGGAGCUUAAUUUCAGACAAUGAGGGUGUUUGUUUCACCUUAUUGCAGGGGAUUCUGUUGUUUAGAUGAGUUUUAAAUAAUCCCAGACCAGACGCUUUGGUCUAUGAGUAUCAUUGCAACCUGGUUCUGAACCAGUUUAUUUUUUACUAUAUAAUUAUAAAUAUGUUAAAUGUAGAAUACAUAUAUAAUCAUACAAUGUGAAUAAUGUGUU